GCCCCCGGUUGCUCCAGGGAUGGUCGACACUCAGAGCCGCUCAGACCAGUUCACACACGAAGUCGCUGGUCUCCGGUCGGAAGCAUGACGGCCUGCCAGUCCGGACUCGUGAGCAGACCGCUGGAGGACAUACACGUGCAGGAGCUCGCGCUCAUCGAGAGACCAAACCGCCGAAGUGUGAAGACCGCAGAGGAAAUCAGUCAGCUGACGGUGGAUGAAGACCUCAAUGAUAUCGACAGAGCCGUCUACCUGCUCAGUGCGGGUCAGGAGGUACAGAGAGCGAGCGUCAUCGCUAACCUGCCAAGUCUGAUCCGUCAGAAUCCAGCAGAGACGUUCCAUUGGGUUGUACCAAAGGUUCGGGAGGUCCUCAGUGGAGCCGGAGCUGAAAUCCAACUGGCAGCUGCGGUGUCAUUUCUGACCGUCCUGCAGGACGACACCGUCCUGAUCCACACCCACACCUACUCGAUCCUGAAGACAGUCCUGCUCCACCUAAACCACCGAGAUGCAGUGGUGAGCAACGCCUGGCUGGAGACUCUGUUGUGUGCCAUUGAUGUUCUACCAAAAGAGACAAUCAAACAGGAGGUGCUGAGACCUCUCGUCUUCCAACCUCUACCUUCUCAUUCUCUUCACGCUCGUCUGGCCCACUGUCGCAUUUUGGGCAAAGUCUGCUGUAAACUGGAGACUCACAUAGUGAAGAAAGAGCUUAUGCCAUUGGCUCGUUCUUUGUGUCAGGAUCCGGAAUUUGAGGUUCGAGCAUGCAUGUGCCGCCAGUUGGAGAGCAUCGCCAUGGCGUCGGGUGUGGACGAGACCAGCAGGGAGCUUCUGCCUGACUUGGUUGACUUGGCGAGAGAUGAGCACAGCAGCGUGCGUCUCGCAGCGUUGGACGCCAUCAUCAACCUGAUGGAGAAGAUCGACAGUGAGAACAGACUCCGCGUUGUGGUUCCCUUGGUGAUGUCGGUAUUCCAGGCAGGUGACGGCAUCUUGGCAUCCUUGUCGUUCCAUUUUGGGAAAAUCUGCAGUCAACUUGCAGGUUGUCUGUCGGAUGAGCAGAAAGUCCACUUAUUGGAGACGUUCAUGUCACUCUGUGUUGUUGGCGUCAACAGUGAAAAAACAGAAAACGUUGACGACCAGACAACCCUGAUUCGGUGCAACUGCUGCUACAACCUACCGACCAUGUUGGCAUUUGCCGAGUCCACCCACUUCCUGUCCGACUUGUACCUGUCGUUUUCAAGUCUUUGUUGUGAUCCCGAAGUCAGCGUCCGGAGAAGCGCAGCCGCCAGUUUUCAUCAGGUGGUGAAGCUGCUUCAUUCAAAUGUUCCUCUGGUCCACAAAGAGCUUAUGAUUCUGUUGAAGGACGACGCUCUGGAGGUGUUGGAUGCUCUGAUGAAUCACUUGGAAGAAACUCUGGAGGUGGUUCUGUUCAGAGGAGAGAAAUUGACGCAAGACAAAAAGGGUUCCUUCCAGUCUUCUGAACUGCUGUCGGCUCUGCUGUCGGCUGAGGAAAAGGUUGGAGGUUCUCUGCGCUGGAGGCUGCAUGAGAAGCUGCUGCAGCGUUACGGCAUUCUUGCUAAACUUCUCCCCGGCGAGCCGCUGCACCAGAGUCUGUCUCCUCGCAUCUUUGCCAUCCUCACUAGCAAUAAGGUGUUGCCGGUGCAGAGAGAGGCUGCUCGGAUGUUCUGCACAUUCCUUCGCUAUAACCGUAAACAGGAACACCGCCGCAAGAUGAUGGAGUGGCUGAUCCAAGCUCUGGCUCAGGGGCGGAGUUACUGGAAUCGUCUACGGUUUCUUGAUGUCUGUGAAAAGGCCAAUGAGAUUUUUUCUAGGAAGUACUUCAACCGACACUUCCUUAUCCCAGCACUGGAACUGGUCCACGAUCCUGUGGCCAACGUCAGGUACAAACUCUGCCAGAUGCUGCCCAGGUUGCGGGCAUCGCUACGCCUGCCGGCUGACAAGCAUCUGUUUUUGCAGCUGGACUUCUGCGUCCAGAAGCUCCUCUGCACAGAGAAGGACAAAGACGUGGUCAUGGCCGUUCACAAGGUUGUGUUGGACCUGGACAAAAUGGACCUCACGGAACCGUUUCAGAGGAGGAAGGACAAUGAUGUGUUGGACCAGAAGAAAGAGACAGAAGAGACUCUGCUGCUGGAGAUGGAGCAACUGGAGCACCAGCAGAGCGAAGCAAAAUCUAACUCGGUCAAACAGUCAGAGAGGCGACGAAGCGACCGAAAUCCCAGUCUGUCUACGACCAAGUCCAAGUCACUGUCCUUGUCCAUGUCCUCAUCUGGCAAGGAAACGAGUCAAGUCAAACUGUCCCGGAGUCGUUCUCUCAGCAGUCAACCGUCCGUCUGCAAACCUGACGCAUCGCAACAAACUCUGAACAGGAAAGACUUAAGUGGUUCUUCCGGGAGUCGGAAUUCCUCCAUGUUACACAGCAAAGAUGAUUUCUCAAGAACCACCCACUUCGAGUCUCCACCCACCUCGUAUAGACCGGUGCUGAUCUGCAGCAACUCUGACAUGUCUGCUUCAGAAGGCCAAACCACGACCACCUUAGACCAGAGAGAUGACAAGACCAUUAACAAGGACCACUGGAAUUACAGGACGGAUAAGAGAACCAGUAAUGUAGACCGUGGUAACAGUCCCAUUGAACCCAGAACUAUUACCGUGGUCCAAAGAAUAAACGCCGUGGACAGACGGACAAAUACCUUAGGCCAAAGAAAACCCAGGACCAGUGCUUUGGACCACAGAGACGACAGCAGCACCAGGAUAGACCCUGGAGAUCACAGGAACAGCUUCUUGUACCAACGCAGUAAAUCCAUAGACCAGCACAGCACUGCGCUGGAGGUCAGCAAAUCCAGGAAGUUGUUGAUGAAGUCCAACUCUUUCAACGUGCAAUCGGGAGGCCGAUGACAGGACUGACAUCAGCCUCAUCCAAUCAGGAGUCAGGGAAAAGGGGGUGUGUUCAUCUCCACUUUGAUUGCUUGGAUGAAAACAUCUUUUGAUUGGUCAGGUAAAAGCAAACAUCUCAGUGUUUUCAGUGCUGGUCGGGUUCGAGUGCCAAUUGUUGUACGCGUACAAUUUUGACUUUUAUUUAUCGUCCGGAGAACAAUUGGGUUAUUCUGUGAUAUUCUGUGACAAACUAUCGUGCUGCUAUUGUGUUCAAAGAAUAUUUUUAUGAUUUUAUCAUGCCGCACGGCUGGCCCACUUUGUUGGACGUCCAGAUAUAUUUGUUGAAUUGUGUAAAGGAAAACACACCAACUACCUAAAAUGCUUGCUGUUGUCUUUCAAGCUUGAGGGAACUUCACUCACGCGAGAUUUGACACAAUUUUAUUAAAGUGCAAUGACUUGACACCGGUACGUCCUUCUUUGAUAUUGAUAUAUUGAUAUUACUGUUACGUUCACUUACAUGAGCAUGGUCAGCGUUGGACUGCCGUUAACGUCCAAAGGGAUCUGGGGACAAACGUCACGCUCAACAAGCACAAUAUUCAAACAGUUACAACGGGUCAAAGGUCAACUCAUGCAAAGGGGUUGAUUAUGGUGUGUUCCUAAUAAAGUGGUCACUACGGAUGUUAGCCAACUUACAAGCUGGUUACACUCAACACAUGUAGAUAUGGUAAUAUGGUAAUAUGGUAAUACGUUACAUAUACGGUACAUUUCCCCUCCAAAUGCAUCUGAUAUACAGUAUGUGGAAAAGUCUAUUAGUAUGAUAUCUGUU